CUAUUUAAAAACAAAAUGACGGCGCCAGAUGACAGUAUCACUAUCACUAGAUCAACUUUUCUAAAUCAGCUAAAAAGAAUAAAACCUGUGACAAUACUUUUCGAUUAUCAAGUUGGAACACACUAUUAGAUCAAUCUAUAGAUAAAAGUUGAAGCAAGUAACAAUGAGAAGAUCAUUUCGCACACCCAUACAAAAACUUCCUUUGGACAAGUCUCAGAAAUCUGCUAGUAAAUCUUUUGUUAUACCACCAGACCAGACAGAAAUGGAAACUCCGAGAACUAAUAUUGAAGGACUUCUCUCUGUUGCUGAGACUGAAUCAAAAGUAACCAGAUCUUCUCAGAAACCUGGUAGAAGAACAUCAGAAAGAUCUAGCAUAAACAAAACGUUCAAAUCACCAAGUUUAUCUAAAGUCAUUGCAAAGAGGAAGUCUCUCUCUAGCAACACUAACACAUCAUCACCAGGCAGCAAACUUACACCUCGCACAAAUAUUUGGAAUCUAUUAAUGAACUCUGAUAAAGAACAGACCCCAGUAAAUGGACGAGGAGAUAUUGAACCUGUUCAAUUUAGCGGAUCUCAUGUUUCAACAGUGGAGUUUGGAAACUGGGGCCAGCAAGUUACCCUAUCACCUUUGAAUAUUUCUCCUUCAAGAGAGGAAUCUGACAAAAGUUAUCGGUCAGAAACUAAAGAGCACAAACAACGCAAUGUAAAGCAAUUCAAUUUUGACAAAAAUGCAAUCAACCUCGCACAAAAGACACUUGCAGAACCUGAAAAGACUCUUACAGCAGAUUCAAAGAAAUUUAAAAAUGCAAAAGCUAAAAAGGAUAAUGUUCUAGUUACUGAAGAUCCCCUACCUUCCCUUAAAGAAGAUGCAAUGCCUAUUUUAGAAAGAGUUGAAAAAAACAUUCAGGCAUUGGACUCACAGCCUGGGGAAACUAGUGCGACAAGUUCGCUGAGCCUUACAGCAAAAAGUCUGCGGCAGCCAAAAUCACAAACACCCAGUGGUUCUAGUCUUAGAAGAAAAGUCACAACUUCAGCCUCCAGAAGUUCUGUAAAAAGCACAGAACCUCAAGAGCUCACACCACCAGUGCUGAGUAUUUAUGACAUCAGCGACAGCAGCAGUGAUGAGGCCAACACGCCUGGUGGAACAAAGAAACCCAGGACGGCGAAGAAAAAAACCACAAGCUCCACCAAAAAACUAGGCAAGCAGAGUAUCUCCAGGCGAUCAGCUGUCGCAAACUCUGCCUCAAAACAAGCUCCGCAGACACCAGAUAUUCUUAAAUCGAAGAGAAACUUUAGCGAGCUUGUUCUCGACUUGCCUAGAUCCUCUACCCCAGUCCAGCGUGGUAAAGCUUUUUUCCACUCCACUAAGCUGCAUGAUAAUUCUGCUUUCUCUCAGAGCCAGACCAGCGCAUCCCCACCUAUCCCAGACUUAUCUCCCAUUAGGCAUGAUUGGAAAUAUCAAAAUGAAAAGGAUCGUCCAAAUGAACAUAUAGAAAAUGUACAGAAUAAUGUGCAGUAUAAAGAAGCCACAGCAAUCGAUCAAAAUAUUGAGGGUGUAGUAUUGGAUUCCAUCAUGCCAGUUCCAGCAAUGCUUGUGAACCAGGUUGAGGCAAGUCCACUGAGACCAACCAGUGUUGACGUCAUGGAGGAAUUGAGUGAAUCAGUGGCUGUGAGAGGGCAGGUUUACACACAGGAGGAAAGCCCAGCAGAGAGACAGUAUGAGGAACUAAAGGCAGUGCGGCAGGUGGUUGGAGUUGGUGGUGCUGAAGAUGUGGGUGGUUCCGAACCUUUUAUAGAGAAUGAGUAUUCUGAGGUGGGAGGAAUGCAUGAAGAACAACACUAUGAGGAGAACAGGUUACCUAGCAGUGAACAAAUGGCAAGGGUUUUAUUGCCAGAACAGGAAGAGGAGAGCAGUGACAAUUUGGUUGAACAGACUGGAAAUACAGCAGAAAGAAAAAGGAAGAAUCCAGCCGAAAGCUCUGACGAUGAAGAGGGUUAUGAGUUGCCCAGCGGACUUUCUCCUUUGACUACCCCCCAUAUAAGCAUGAGUAAAAAGCCUAGAAUGGUAUCAACUGUUCAACAAGUGCCUAGGCAAAAAUCUAAGAAAAGUUCACAAGUAUUGCCAAGGAAACUGCUAGCACCAACAAGGAAAAAGCCAACAAAUGUACAGAUAACUCUGCCAAGAAAUUCUGUCAAGUUUUUUGCUGAGCGUCACUCAAGCAUGAAGCUUUCAAAAGAUGCCAUUGAUAUGAUCAUUAAUGUGUCAGAAAUUUUCUGGGAUGACACAUUCAAGGCCUUGGAGGCCUAUGCCCUACAUGCAGGCAGGAGGAUCAUCAAUCAAAAAGAUGUUGUUUUAUUAAUGAAAACGCAGCGUCUAAUUAAUGGAACAUCAGAUUUACAUGACCACAUUCGUGAGUACCUGCCUAUGGAGUUACGAUCUGAGCUGAUACCAGUAGCCAAGUCAUGCUGUAAAUAAUUUUAUGUUGAAUGAUUCGAAUCUGGACCAAAUAUAAAUUUUUAAUAGGGCUCAAGGUUUUUGUAGUUUUAAUGUUUUGUUUUUAAGGAAAUUACCUUAAGUGGGUUGUAGAAUACAUUAGUGUUAUUGAUGAAUGUGUGAUUUUAACUGCACAAGAUAUUUGUUUCUCUUUAAAUAAAAUAACAUAGUAGAAAAAUUCUAUGCUUUUUAUGAUUUACUAAAAAUGCAAUGUUAUAAUUUUGUAGAAAUUCUUAUAUAUCUUGAAAGUUGCUUCUCUUGAACUAUAUAGUAUGCUUUAUAUAAUUUACUACAAAUGUAAAAUUAUAAUUUAAAUCUAAACAAAAAGCUUUUUUUCCAUUUAGUUAAUACUUUGCUAUGUCACUUGGUUAAAAAACACUUGUGUUGACAUCUAUCUACAGUGAAUUUGUUGCUUCUUACUCUGCCCUAGAUACUUCGUGAACAACUGACCUCUCAUAUGUGCCUAAAAUUGUCUGAACCGCACAUAUUUUUUUGUUAUUUCACAUACUUUAAUUGGUUUUCAAUAAUUACUAUUUUUAUUUUGUGUGGUUGACUUACAGUUGUACAUAAGGCAUAUACAGUUGCACAAGUCAUAAAAAUGUAAUUACAGAAAGAAUUUCUUACUAUAAAUUUGUUAAAUGUAAAUUAUUUAGUUCAAUUGAAUCAAUUUGUUAAAAUGAUGCUAUUUUAAUGUUAAUAUAAACUUGCAGCUUUUAAAAUAAUUUAACUGAUUUACAUGAAAUCAUCCCCAUUCUGCCUAAUUAAUGAAAAACAAGUCAGAGUCAUAAAAAUCAGUUUUUAUUUCUUUAAACCUAAAACAUGUUUCAACUCUUUGAAUCUCAACACUGCCAGUUGUUUCACAAAAGAACCUUGUUACCUUUCUCAUUUGAAUAAGGCAACGUGUAAAACAAUUGUUACCAUUGCUGCUUUGCAUAAAUUAUGUCAAUUAUCACUGUUAUGAAUGUUAAAUGUUUUAAUUUUAUAACUUAUAUUACAACAAAUGCCUUUUAUACCUAUUCAUACAAAGUUUAAGGUUUCAUGUGUAUUUAAUAAUUACAUGGUAUUUUUAAAAUGUUAGUUUUAAAAAUAAAACGAAGAACAUUUAGCUGGGUUCUUAUUUAAUUUUAAAGAUUUACUCGUUCAUGCUUUUACACAACUGACUAAUUCUAUGUUGAUACUCUAUAUAAUUGGAUUGGUUGGUUAAACUAAACACUAAAUUUAAAAAUAUUAGAUAACCUCACAAGUGUGUAACUGUAUACCCAAAUUUUUUUAACUUAAGUGACAAUGUUAUGC